UGGCUUUUAAAUUCCUAAGAAUUAUGUGUUUCAAACUAUUGACCAUAUGUUUUCGGUGUUGUGAGAUAGAUUCAGCUCUUAUGCGCUUCUGUCUCAAUUUUUUGUUUUGUUCCUCUGCAAGAAAAUGGUUUUUGUCUUGAUUUAAUGUUAUCCCUUAGAUCAUGAGAAGUAACUUUAAAGUUGGAUCUUAUAUUACUUUAGGUGCUGUUGUGAAAUCCAAAGCCCAGCUAGUCGGAAUCCAUGAGAGAGUGAGAAGUGAUAUUGAGGGUAACCUUGCUCCAAAAUCAUCAGUUCAACCUCCAAAGGGUUCUUUGAGCACAACACAAGGGGAAGGGAAGCGGGUGGCAACUGCUGCUAAUCCUAAUGCAGAAGAUGCUGCUGAACUUCUGAGGAUGUGUAUGCGAUGUGGAAUACCCAAGACAUACUCCAGUGCGCGAGGAAUGGUCUGCCCACAAUGUGGGGAUCGCCCACUUGCAGAUGCAAAUGAAGAGACUGACAAGAAGAAGGGAUCAACCAUCAAAGAAAAGGAGAAGAACAAGAGGAUGAAAGGGCAGUCAUCUCAUGCUUCUUGGAAAAGUGAGACAGAGAUGCAGCUCCGGCAGCAGUAUGAUUAGUAGCAGAACCUAAAAGAGUAAGCUGGAUCAUGUAACAUGUUUUAGGAA